CAGCCAUGCCCGUCUCAUGUACGCAUCACGACAUGCACUUUGAAAGCCAUCUCCACAAACCAAGCUACUACCCCCGUUGAUCUCCCGUCGUGUUCCCGCCAGCCCGCCAGCCCGCCAGCCCGACCUACCGAAACCAGGCAAGCGCUUCCGAACACCGUAUGUAGUACACAUCUUAUCUGAGAAGUCUAGAGCACUAUGGGCCGUUUAGCUAGGUACGGCAGAAGCCUUGCGGACUUCAUCAAUGGCAUUAUCCCCGCUGCCAUCAUUGGAUUCAUCUGUCAAUUCUACGCACAGAAAAUAUUACUCCAGUACCACCACUCCCUUGUCCACAUUUUCGUACCGCCAAGGGGCAACUCAAACCUACCUUGGAGAAUCCCGGGGGCGAUAAACACAUUCUUGUUCGCGCCACAUUACUUCCCGACGAGACUGUGGCUAUAUCUCCAUCCGCCGCCGUGUAACCAUCACAGGUGUCAGUUACAGCGAUAUGUGUCGCCGCCACCGCCGCCACCACGGCCAUGGUACAUGUACAUGAAACGCUUUUGCCAGCCAAUAGGACUUCUCCCCAACACUUUCUGCUCUUCAAGGCGCUCUCAACAAGACGUCGACACGUCACCUUUUCUGCGUCUUCCGACGGAGCUGAGGAGCAUGAUAUAUGCCUAUGCAAGCGGCACUGGCAGAUACGAGAUAAGUUCCGAAGAUAUUGCUGUCUAUCGUCCGCAGAGGAAGCAAAGAGAAGAUGCUGUUUCCUACAUACUUUGAGACGAUGCUAUAAUUUCUAUACAUGGAGGCUGUCCGGCGAUAAAAUUGCUCCUGGUUUGUAAGAAGGUAUACCAGGAAGCGCGCGAGCAGUUCUUGUCGACGACGGCAUUCGAGUUGCAUCCGUUGACUCCGAGUGAUGGCUCCUGGAUGUAUGAGUACUACGCCU